CAAAAACCGUAUGCCUCUCUUUAACUCUUUUGCUUCUCUAUAAAUCCGCAAGAUUCCAAAUUCUGAAUUCUUCACUCUGUGGUGAGCAAAGCCCAGAUUUUUUUUUAAACUUGUUCAAUCCAAUUUCUGAAGCUCAAAAUUCCAAAGAGUAAAAGUUCCUUUUUUUUUUCCCAUCAAUGUCGAUCCGUUUCGGCUCAACCCUCGUUGCUGCUUCAGUCAAUUUCAAAAAUUCGACGAAUUUAAGCAGUAAUCGAUCUCGAAACUGCAGAUUCUCUGUCCGAAGUUGCGUGUCUGAAUCCCAACAUGCUCACAAGCUAGUUUUGGAAGUUAAAGAACGGCUUGCCAAAGAUUGUACUAGUCUUCCAAUUGGUAAAAACGGAAGAGAUGAUGAGGAGAUGAUUCUCUGGUUUCUGAAAGAUCGGAGAUUUUCUGUUGAUGAAGCCAUUGGAAAGCUAACUAAAGCUAUCAAAUGGCGUCACGAGUUUAAGGUAGAUGAGCUAUCUGAAGAUUCUAUCAAAGCAGCUACUGACACAGGAAAAGCAUAUGUGCAUGGUUUUCUAGAUGUUAAAGGUCGACCUGUGGUAAUUGUAGCUCCUGCAAAGCACGUCCCCGGGCUGCUUGAUCCAAUAGAAGAUGAAAAGCUUUGUGUGUACUUACUUGAAAAGGCUUUGAGUAAGUUACCAGCAGGACAAGACAAGAUACUUGGGAUAUUUGAUCUCCGUGGAUUCGGAUCUCAGAACGCGGAUCUUAAGUUCUUAACUUUCCUGUUUGACGUAUUUUACUAUUACUAUCCAAGCCGAUUGGAUGAAGUCCUUUUCGUAGAUGCUCCAUUCAUAUUCCAGCCAAUUUGGCAAUUCACCAAACCGUUGGUGAAGCAAUACGCUUCUCUGGUCAAGUUUUGCUCCGCAGAGACUGUGAGAAAGGAGUAUUUCACUGAAGAAACAUUACCAUCAAACUUCGGGAGCUAAAGUGGUUAUAAGAGACCUUCAAUUAUAAGAGACCUUCAAACACUAGUUGUUUCUUCUUUGGUCGUGUCUCUAGAUAUGUCGAUAUAAAUGUGUUUAGAUUAUUGAUUCUAAGUUGAAUUAAAGGGAACCUUGAUAGUAAAAUAACUCAGUUGUAAAACCUCAAAAAAAGGUAACAGUAUACAUAGAGACAACAGCAUAAACAUGAAAAGCCUCCUAAAAUUAAGAAUGAAAAAGGGUAAACAAAACACAGAGA